AUACCAAAAUUGGAGAGAAGAAUCUUUACAGAUGUUCCCAGAUCAGCUGCACGCAAGGCCGGAAGGGGGAUGCCAACUUUAGUUUACUUCUUCAGUGUUAGCAAAACGACUUUCAGAGGACAUCUUCUUGGAGUUGCAGCGUCAUGGCUUGUCCAAGUUGGCGUUGACAUUUACCGGUAUUUCACUGAAAUUUUUAAAGCAGAGAAUGAUAAAGUUGUUAGAGCGGAAAAAACUCGAGUUCUUGGCAGGAAGGUUUCUUGUACUACUGCCAGGUGUGGUGCAGCAUUGGUUUUUGCUUCUGUUGGAGCAGGGAUUGGUGCAACCCCACUUUCCCCUUCCACUGGUCAGUGGAUUGGCUGUGUUCUUGGAGAUUUCGCCUGGCCUGUGAUUUUAUCAUUUUGUUGUGAGAAAGUUUUUCAUGCAGAGAACUAAUUCUGCUCGAAAUAAUCUUGACUCGACUGAUUCUGAAGAGAGAGAGAGGAUGAAGAAGAAGCACAACAUAGCAUUGGUAUAGCCAUGUAAUCACUGAUGAAUCUGUUUAAUAUUG